AUUAUCAGUGCCUUGAUCAUCAGUGCCGCCCAUCAGUGCCCAGCACUGCCGCCUAUCAAUGCCACCCACCAGUGCCCAUCAGUGCCUUGAUCAUCUGUGCCGCCCAUCAGUGUCCAGCACUACUGCUCAUCAAUGCCCACCAGUGCCCAUCAGUGCCUUGAUCAUCAGUGCCGCCCAUCAGUGUCCAGCACUACUGCUCAUCAAUGCCACCCACCAGUGCCCAUCAAUGCCCAGCAGUGCAACCCAUCAGUGCUGCCCAGCAGUUGCACCCAUCAGUGCCCAGCAGUGCCAUCAUCAGUGCUGACCAGUGCCCAUAAGUGCCGCCUACCAGUGCCCGCAGUCAGUGCCCAUCAGUGCCGGCUAUCAGUGCCCAUCAUUGCUGCAUAUCAG